CCAAUAAUGAUAAGUUUCGUCCAUUUGUCCCUCCCUAAGCUAAUUUAGCCCCCGCGGCCUUCCCUUCAUCUUCCGUCUAUAUAAAUUCGCAUCCACGUCUCCCUAUCCCUUGCAUACAUACAUACAUAUAUACAAACAUUCACACACACCAUCACCACCACAACCACACCUGCCUUCAUCCCCUUUCUCACUCACUGUCACGCACAUAUUAAUCGCAUAUCCACGCAUCUGUGCUCUCGCUCUCUCCCUCUCCCUCUCGUCUCCUCGAUUACACACGCACACAGUGCCUUCAUCCAUACAGCAGUAGGAGUCUUCAUCAAGAUCAGCCGGGACAGCUUCGCUUCUGCUCCGUGUCACCUGCCGCCGGAAGAUUAUUAGAUUAAAAAAAAAAGGAAGGCACUGAUCUGAUCUGAUCACGGCCAUCUCUCCCCGCCUUGCUCUGUUUCUCUUCGACAGAGACCAAACUUAAUUCCCGUUAAACGAUCGAGGUGCAUUUGCCUGCAGGAACGAAGCGUGAAUGUCCUAAUGGAGUCAGAAGGUGGCAAGAACAAGUCCAGUAGUAGUAGUAGUAGUAGUAACAGUACGAAGCUCCUCUCGGCUACCUUAUCGAAGACAUCCGCCCCAACGGUGGAAUCGAGAAGUUCCGCUCAGCUACUUAUUCCAACUGCGUGAGGAAGCCGACCUGAUACGUCUCAGGCAUCAAUGUCUUCUUCUUCUUCUUCUUCUUCUUCUUCAUGCUCUUCAAUUCUUCGGCAGUAGAGUCGUCGUAGAUUGGGAUCUCCUUCCUUUUUCGUCCUUUCAACUUUCAAAAACCCCAUUUCUUCUUCGCCAAGCAAACCUCUUCACAUUAUGACAGUCUCCCAGUCCCCGAUCGGGUUUGAGGGCUUCGAGAAGCGACUCGAGAUAUCCUUCUCCCCGGCCCCGAUCUUCUCCGCCCCGGAGGGAUUGGGACUUCGUGCCCUCACCCGGGCCCAGCUCGACGUGAUACUCGAGCCAGCCUGCUGCUCCAUCGUGGCCCAGCUCUCCAAUGAUGAUUUCGACUCGUACGUCCUGUCUGAGUCGAGCCUCUUUGUCUAUCCAUCGAGGGUCAUCCUCAAGACGUGCGGGACGACCAAGCUGCUCCUGUCGAUCCCUCCGAUCCUCCGACUGGCCGAGUCGCUCGGACUCGGUGUCAGCUCAGUGAGUUACUCACGGGGCAGCUUCAUCUUCCCCGAGCUCCAGCCGUCCCCGCACCGGAGCUUCACCGAGGAGGUGGCUGUCUUGAACGAGUACUUUGGGCACUUACGUGCCGCUGCUUAUGUGAUCGGCGAUCCAAAUCGGACGUGGCACGUUUACUCGGCUUCUAAGGAGAAAAAGGAAGUGCGCGCAUCGCCGUUUGAUUGUGAUCGGACGGGUGGAGUGACGGUGGAGAUUUGCAUGACGGGGCUGGAAAGGGACAAGGCGGCCGUGUUCUUCAAAACAUCGGGCGAUUACUCGGCACGGGAUAUGACAAAACUCUCCGGGAUCUUCGACGUCAUGCCGGGUCACGUGAUCUGCGACUUUGACUUUGACCCCUGCGGAUACUCCAUGAACGGGAUCGAGGGUAGGUCCUACUCUACCGUGCACGUGACCCCAGAGGAUGGCUUCAGCUACGCUAGCUACGAGGCCAAGGGCUUCGACACCACUCGCGUGGGGCUGGACACGCUGGUGGGGCUCGUGGCUAGGUGCUUCGGCCCCUCCGAGUUCUCGGUUGCCAUCACGUGCGGCAGUGGGGGCCUCCGCUGGGCCAGGGAAUCCGAUCAUGUGGAAGGAUACAGGUGCCAGAGUGUGGUCAGGCAGGAGCUCCAGGGCGGCGAGUGGGUCGUGUAUAAGACCUACGAGCUGCUGUCGAGGGGCUGCGUGGUGCCCACUCCGGUUGCUCUGGCAGUGGCAAAGCAUUGCCGGGAGGAGGAGGAGGAUCGGGAGGCAGCAGCAGAUGAGGGCCGCGUUGCUAUGCUGCGAGUCAGUGUUAACUAGCUCCAUUAAUAUUAUAUGCAGUUUCCUGUCAUUGUGAUUCUAAGACUAGUCCAUAUUAAUGGCCAUUACUAUCAUUUGAAAUGCUCGGAAUGUGUUUAGUUUUUAGUGUGAUCACGUUCUUGUCUGUUGCACGAUCGGCUAUUCUCUCCAUCCGGUCGGAUAUCAUUGGUUUUAUGUAUGAGUUAUGUGCCUAAUAAAUGGGUGGGACAUUUGCAUGGA